UGCCGAAUUAGAAUAUUAAGAAAUAGGUUAGAAUAUUAGAAAUAGAGAAGUAAACAUUGAAUUAUUUUAAUGAAAGUAGCCUAAUACAUAGAAGAGGAAUAAUUUCUUUGUGUGAAUGUUUCACAUUGUGAGAUGUUUCAUUGUUCAAUAGUUUAUAAUCAGACUCAAUUCUGAAAACAAUGUCUGCUUUAUAAUAUUUAUUGUAAGGUCAUUGACAGUUUACAGAUUGAGGUUAUGAUUUUAAUUUAUUAGGUUGGAAGUUCGAUACAAAUUCUAAAACAUUAUUAUCAUGUUUGACAGUCUGCGAGAUAAGUUGCAAUCCGUUCAAGAAGGAAUUAGUGCCAGUUUUCGUGGAUUAGCUGUCGGAGAAAUACCACAGACUGUUCAAAUCCCUGAAAAGCACGCCGUGAAUAUCAACGCAGGAGGUGAAAUUCUCCAACAUUAUCAGAGAAAAUGGAAUGAGCUGCAUGCCAUAGCGGAAGAAAAUGCUAUAAAAGCCCAGGACGUUGAUGAUUGUAUAAGUUCUUUGGAGAUGAAUGUAACAAAGAAAUUGACAAGCAUAGAGAAUUUGAAUUCACAACUAGUGAGAAUACCACAGGUUAUAGAUGGUGUCCAUUCUCUCAUCAGAAAUAUAGGCACUCUACAAAACUCCAUAGACAAAGUAGAAAAACUUCUUAUCCAGUUGGAAGAUAUUGUGGAAACGCAACACAUGCAAGAAGAACAGCUAGAGAAACGAUUCGAGCUAGCAAUGUACCGUGAGAAGAAGCUGGCCGAUUUGGACAAUGUCAGAUCAAAUCUCUCCGUAGAACACGCAGUUAAACUAUCUAGGCAUGAGAAGAGAUUGUCUGCUGAACAAAAAGAGAAGCAAGCCACUUACGGAGAAGCAUUCAAAAAUGACAUUGAACACUACAAGAAGUUCGGAUCAAUACCGCAUCAGAAAACUAUUCAAUCAGCUAAUUUAACAGAAACGCCGCCAUGUUUGUCAUUGGAAGAAGUUGUUCUCGAUGAUAAUCAAGACAGAGAAGCUCUCGAUGAACUUUUGAAGGAUUCAGAGUUGGAGUAAGUGGAUGCCAAAGGCCAAAGUUAAAAAACAUCUUGCCGUACCGUCCAAAUUGUUAUCUUCAUGGAAUUUUAUGUGAUUUCUAAUAAGUUAUAUUGUUAUUAUAAUGCUUCAAGAUAUAAAAAUAAAGUGUUAAUAUUGUUAGAUGGUUUAUCUGCAUACAAACUCAUUUUACAAAACGUAAUUGUUGUUAUUGUAAAUAAAUUUUGCUUAUCAUA